AUGGUUUUAUUAAAAAACGGCGCUAGAAUUUUAUUUAAAAAGCAUGGUUUAUACAGUUUUCAGGGUCAUUACGUAAAUAGAUUAAAUGAUGAAAUUAGAUGUCAAUGUCAAGGCACAGAGCAACAGAAAAGAACCCUAUUUAAUUUUCCUAAAAAAGACAGAGUCCGUGAAUACCGAGGAAGGCAGCUGGUAGGCCAUACCAUGGAUCAAAUGUUCGAGGUUGUCUCGGAUGUUGAUAAUUACCAUAAGUUUCUUCCAUGGUGCAAGAAGUCUAUAGUAAGACAGAGGAAUACACAAAAUCUAAAGGCAGAUUUAGUCAUUGGAUUUCCCCCAAUAAAUGAGUCAUACACUUCAAACGUCACCCUGCUGAAACCACAUCUAGUGAAAGCAGAAUGUAAGGAUGGCAAGCUCUUCCAUCACAUGCUAACUCUAUGGAGAUUUAGUCCUGGGCUCAAAAGAGAACUACAGUCUUGUGUUAUUGAUUUCCAAAUUAGUUUCGAAUUCCGCUCGGCCUUCCAUUCACAUUUGUCGAAUAUAUUCUUUGACCAAGUUGCUCGACAGAUGGAGAGUGCUUUUAUACAAGAAGUGGGUAGACGGUAUGGACCGGCUUCCAUACAUCCUGUAAAUCUACUGUUGAAUACUAGUUCUCACAGAACUUGA